CAAAGAUACAGUUUCACUCCAAUUAGAAGUCCCUGCAGUCACACAAAAGCUUCGCCGUCCAUUCCCUCCAGUUAGUUACAUCAAUUCGAUCAAGUGCUCUCCUUCUUGAUAGCGGUACGGUGGUUCUACCGUGAUCUCGGCUAUAUACUUUUUGGCAGAGCCGUCUCGCCGUCCAUUCCUCUUCUACACCGCUCGCCGCCAUUCCGGAUUCCUCAAGCACAGGGUUCUAAUUGGAAAACACAUUCGAUGAGGAAAUUGACAAAAUCCACCAUUAUAAUAGGCAAAAGAUCAUUUCCCUUAGGUGAAAUUGUGCAGAAUGCCGACUCCAAUAAUGAAGAUUCUAAUCUUGGCAUUGCUGACAGGAUUCACACUGGUCCUAAAAGACCAAGAGCAGUGGGAACCGAAAAUGAACCAAAUGCCAUUUUCCCUCUUGACUUGAAUAAAAGUUCUUCUUUGUGUUCGAAUAGAGCACCAUUGCAAAACAUAACGAACGUCCCGUCGAGAACACUUACUAUUGGUAAAAGUUUUGGAGGGACAACUUCUCUAUCUUACACUCCUUAUCCUGCUGAAACAUCACGAAAAAGAGAUAUGUCUGAGGCCCGUACUACAUUCACUUCUGAACAAAUUGAAUUAUUGGACGUUGGCGAUGUCAAUGGAACAUAUUAUGAAGUAGAUAAAAAUACUGAAGGAGAUAGGUGCACAGAGAUACCUGAUACAUUUUCAGAUGAUGAUGGGAUCGCAUUUGAUGUGGAAGACGCAUCAUAUGCAUUUAAUUCGUAUGAAGAUUAUUUAGAUCUGGGUGACAGUACUUACACAUGUGAGUAUUGUGGAUCUCUAUUUUGGCAUGCUGAAAGAGUUAAAAGACAUGGAAAGCAAAAACCAAAGUUCUCAAUGUGUUGCAAUCAAGGAGAUGUUGUACUCCCCAAGAUGCAAACACCCCCACAGUUGUUAAGGGCUUUGAUAUUUGGCACAGAUGAACGUAGUGGACAUUUCCUUAAAAAUAUACGUUCAUAUAAUUCUAUGUUUUCGUUUACUUCAAUGUGCGGAAAAACUGAUGGAAGCAUAAAUAGUGGCACUUCACCUCCCGUGUUCCGAUUGAAUGGUCAGAAUUAUCACACAAUUGGAAGCCUUUUGCCAAAGGAUGGACAACGACCUAAGUUUCUACAGAUGUACUUAUCUGAUCCAGCUGAAGAGAUUGCACACAGAAUAAACGCUGUGAGGAAUGAGGAUGAUACCUCCUUGCAAUCUUCAUUGGUGCAAGACUUGAAAGAAAUGCUUGACACAUACAAUGUGCAUGCAAAAUCAUUCAGAAUGGCGAGAGAUCGAUUUAAUGAGUCUAACUCCACCACAUUGAAAAUGAAACUCAUCGGCAAAAGGCACUCAGAAGGCCGCACUUACAACAUGCCAAGUGUCAAUGAAGUUGCAGCGCUAAUUGAAGGUGAUUUUGAUGUAAACAAAAAAGAAAGAGAUGUGAUUCUUCAAACAAAGAC